UUUCCCGGCGCGUGGGGAGCAGGGUUAAGUUGGAGGCGGAGCCAGCUUGAUUGUAUAAUUUUUUGAAUGGGAGGGGCCAAAAGUCUUGUGGGGAAAGGUGAGGCCUGAAGUUUUAUCCCGGUCAGGGCGGGACCAGUGAGUUUUGUGGAGGUUAGGGGCGUGGGUGCGCUGGCAGUUUUUUCUUGUAAGCAUCCGUAGUCUUUUGGACUGAGUAUCACUAUGGAGGUCAAGUCCGGUCUAGGAAGCCCGCGGAAGUGGAUCCUGGGCCUGCUUGCAGAAUCGUUUCUGGCUUGGAACCCCCAGUGCUCCAUUCCUUUUCUGUGAGGAGAUCACAGCUGAUGAGAUGGCUACCACACUAGAUUUGAAGUCAAAGGAGGAGAAAGAUGCUGAGUUGGACAAGAGGAUCGAGGCUCUGCGUCGGAAGAAUGAGGCUCUCAUCCGGCGCUACCAGGAGAUCGAGGAAGACCGGAAAAAAGCUGAAUUAGAGGGUGUGGCAGUGACAGCUCCCCGGAAAAGCCGUUCCAUGGAGAAGGAGAAUGUGGCAGUGGAGGAGAAGAGCCUGGGUCCCUCUCGGAGGACUCCUGGGACCCCCCGGCCCUCAGGAGCCAACAGAGGGGGCCGGACCCACCCCCAGCAGGGAGGCCGGGCAGGAGUAAGCCGGGCAUCCCGAGGCUGGGAGAAUGGUGCUGGGGAACAACUUCGAGGAGGAACUGGAAGCCGGGGCCGGAGAGGCCGGGGCCGGGGAUCCCCUCAUCUCCUAGUGGCAGGAGACAACUCAACCUCUGAUCGCAAGUCCAAGGAGUGGGAGGAGCGGCGCAGGCAGAACAUUGAGAAGAUGAAUGAGGAGAUGGAGAAGAUCGCUGAGUACGAGCGCAACCAGCGGGAAGGAGUACUGGAGCCCAACCCAGUACGCAACUUCCUGGAUGAUCCCCGGCGUCGGGGUGGACCCCUGGAGGAGCCUGAGAGGGAUCGCCGGGAGGGCAGCCGCCGGCACGGCCGCAACUGGGGAGGUUCCGACUUCGACAGGGUACGCUCUGGCUUGGAACAUGAGAGACAGGGCCGCAGGGCUGGCCUGGGCUGUGGGGGCGACAUGACAAUGUCCAUGACCGGCCGAGAGCGGUCAGAGUACCUGCGCUGGAAGCAGGAGAGGGAGAAGAUCGACCAAGAGCGCCUGCAGCGACACCGCAAGCCGACUGGGCAGUGGCGGCGGGAAUGGGAUGCCGAGAAGACCGAUGGCAUGUUCAAGGAUGAGCCAGCUCCUACCCACGAACUGUCCCACCGCUAUGAUGACCAAACUUGGGCAAGGCCCCCUAAGCCCCCCACCUUUGGAGAGUUCCUUUCUCAGCACAAAGCAGAAGUCAAGAGUCGCAGGAGGAGAAAGAACAGCCGGCCCCAGGCCAAGGUGGCCCCUCAUGCCUAUAGUGACCAUGAUAAUCGCUGGGAGACAAAAGAGGAAGCUGUGUCCUCAGCCCCUGAGUCCUCUCAAUCCUUGUCCCUGGAGGAGACACCCACACAGCAGACUCCAGAGACCCCAGCGCCAGCCCACCGGCCUCCUGAAGAGGAUGGUGAGGAAGAUGAGGGGGAAGAGGAGGGAGAAGAGGAGAGGGAAGAUGAUGAGGAUGAAGAAUGGGAGGAUGUGAGUGAAGAUAUCACUGAGGAGGAGGAGGAAGAGGAAGAGGAAGAAGAGGAGUUUGAGGAGGAGGAAGAGUGUCCUAAGGAGCAGGAGGCCCCAGCUGUUCCUGAUCACCAGCCUGGAGAGGCUGAGCCAGCUCAGAAGCCCACCUGUGAGCAGGCGGACCCUGCACCUGCCAGGCCCCAGGAGUCAUUGUCCCCAGUCCCUGUUGAACCUCCCAGCCCCUUGUCGCCCACUGGGGACCACCAGCCCGUGUCUGACUGGGGAGGUGACCAGCCAGCCCUUGCCUCCUUGGAGAGUGGGCCAACCUUGGCAAGAGCCCCGAAGUCUGAAGAAGAGGGGCCUGAGGCAUCUCCAGGUGGGGUGCAUGAAGCUGGUGGAGAGGUAGGCCCGGAGGGCCAGGAGACAGCGGAGAUCACAGACUUCCAGAGGGCUAUCCCUCAAUCCUGAAGACGCUGCUGGGAGGGGCGGCAGCGCAGGUUUGCCUGGCUCCCGAGCUGGCUGCUUUCGUCCCUGCAGCCCACUCUGGACCCUGCGCCUCUAGGGAGCGGGAGAAGUUACACUGGUGCGAAGUUACUGGGGUAGGGGCCAGCUGGGAAGGGCCUGAGCUGGGUCCUCCAAACUGGUGUAGGCGGCCCAGUGCUGUAAAACAGGGAGGGGCGGGGCUGAGGCUCGGUUGGCGGUUCUAGCGCUCUUUAGGCGGCCUUCUGCUCCAAAAGACUGGGAACCUGACCUCCGACAGGCGGAGGGUGACUUAUGUGCGGGGAGUUGCAAUCGACGCAAGAAGGGAGGGUUCCGCCGGGCGGUGGUGGCGCAUGCCUUUAAUCCCAGCACUCGGGAGGCAGAGGCAGGCAGAUCUU